UUGUAUUUACAGGCAGGGUUAUAGAGACUGGGUUUCUAUCUUGAUUUUUAUAUUUUUUAAAAUAUUUUUUUAUAAUUAAAAUAACUGUUAAAAAUUAAAAAUUGUUUGAGAAAAUUUUAUUCUACAAUAGUCUAAAAUAUUAUAUAACAAUAAUUCAAACGAUUUUUUCUUUAUCUUUAUUUUUUAUUGAUGGCCGUGUGUUUACACUAAUUAAAACGAUGAAAACUUUUGGCGCUGAAUAAGUAACCGUUCAUUUGAGAUCAUCGACGGCGACGCAACAUUCUCGCCUACAGCAGGACGUGAGCAGGAUGAUUGUCUUUAACAUCUGGUUUAAGGUCCGCUCCUAUAGAUCUAUAUGUCAUACCGAUAUAUAUAGUAAACGAUAAAAUCGUGCCGAUCUUUGCGCAGAUGGUUUGUUUAAACGGAAUGAAUAUAUACUCUGAAAAAAUUAUUUUACAGAUUUUAUUAUGUACAAUGCGCUAAACUAUUUGAUUAAUUUUUCAUAAAUACUAACCUGUUAAGCUUGUUGAUUUGCAUUAGGUCCAACACCGAUAAAACUUGAUGAAAGCGUAACCUUUGUCCUUAAAUACUAUUAUAUCUUGUAUAGUACCAAAAGGUAUGCUUGGUAAUAGCUGAAAGAGCACCUCUUAUAUUGGCUUCAUUCAAUUCUUGCUAUGUAACGCUGCUUAUAGAAGAUUCGAGGAUCUUGUGUAUCUUGCUUGCGAAAAAUAGACUUGCCUCAUUUUUUUUCGAUCAAACAUUGCAAAAACUCUACUGGUAAACCAUGGUACAGGUAUAACUAAUACCUACUGCUCGUGACGCACAGCAGAGCAUUACUGUACAAAAUAACUACAUGCUAUAGUCUUUUGAUUGGAUCUAGAAAAAAUCUUCCAAUCUAAUAAAAAGUUUUCCUCUACCUAAACAUUUUGAAAAUAGAAGAAAUGGAUUAUUACUGUUUUAUACAAUAUAAAGUUCUAUUCAGAAUUAAUAGACUUUUUCAUUCAUUACCUUUGAUUCGAUAGAUAGAUACCGUAAUGAUGAAAGUGGAAGCUUUCCACGAACAGAUGCUCCAUCCAUAUUCAAGGCUAAAUAAAGAUGACAUCCAGUUGCUUGAAAUUUGCCAUUGAAAAACAUGAAAUCUAAAUCAUUUUUCCUAAUUUUUCGUAACCCAUUUUUCGAAUUGGUGCUAAUCUAAUACUAUAAUACUUAAACGUAUUGAUUGAUAUUAAACAAGUCAGCUUAUUAAUAAUAUAAACGAAGAAUCAUCUCAAUUUCAGCCUGUCCAUUUUCAAAUCCAAUGUUAUUAUCAUCAUUGUUGUGAAAGUCAAUGCCUGGAAUGUCAUCUUACACUCUAGAAAUAACAAGUUUAUCAUUAGUAAAAUAUUUAUAAUACUAUAUUUCUUUACUUAUACUUACCCAUGCAUUCUUUCGAAAUUAUACAGGAUGGCAGCUGCGUUGAUGAUCAUCGAAACUUUCUGUGGACUAUAAUAUAAUUUCCUACACCGACUGAUAACUUUCCAGGUACCUGAUAACAUUCCAAUUGUUUGCUCAACCAUAUAUCGUGUAUGCACAUGGUCAUAUGUGUAAACACUUGCUGGAGAUCCUUCUGGAGCAUCUAAGAUUGGAGUAAGCAAUACCGAAGACCUUGCAUAUCCACUGUCUCCUAAACAAAAUUGGGAAUCGAAUAAAUCUGGGUGCCAAUUCCAAUACUGCUUGUAAAAACUGAGUAAGAUAACGGCUGGCUGUAGACUGACCCAUUGGAUGCCGAUAAUCACUUGCAAAACCUUUUUGGAAGCUCCCUUCGGCAAAGAAUCUCAGCAUUGAUAGAACAAUCAGAUGAAGUGGUAUUGAAUACCUUUCACCGACUAAUCUAUGUUGUAAAAGAUUUGUCAAGUUUAUGACAACAUGAGGUGGCAUUCUAAACAAAUAGUGAAAAAAGUAAUAAUGCAAGCAUAUGAAUAUUCAAUAUAAUAUCUGCAUAUUUGAAUUAAAACAAAAUUGUCUUACCUAUAGUACCGCAUAAAAAUAUUUAUAGGCAUUAUAAAUGGGUUUGAAACAUCACGCAGUUGCCUCUUCAACAGAUUCAUUUGGUUAAAUACAAAUCUGUUGAUCAAUUGUCGUGCGUCAUUAAUGAUAAUAUCAACAAAAUUAUCUUCAUCCAUCUUUAUUAGUUAUACUGCAAACUUUAAUUGAAUAUAAUAUAAACAAUGAGAAAGGGCCGUAAUUGGUAAACGAGUAAUAAUAAAAGUCGACGAUCUUCUCAGCUCCGCAACUGAUUCUGCGUUGCACAGUAAGAUAGGUUAGGUACGUUAUAAACAAUGAGAAAGGACCGUUAUUGAUAAACAAGUGGAAGUCGACGAUCUUCUCAGCUCAGUUGAUUCUGCGUUGCACACUAAGCUAUACAUUAGCUUACUACUUGUGCACUUUUGAGAUCCUACCGCGAGAAUCGGCCGAGCCAUAGCAUUUUCUGAAGCGCCAUCCAUACCGUUUUUCCGCGCUUACUAUGGAAUUGUAUGCACUAGAGCGCGCAUCGAGCAGAAGAGCAGAAGUUACAAGUUGCUUUUUACAAAUAAAACAAGAACAAUAUCAGUAUGCCACCAAAAAAACGAUGUUUCAAAAUCUAGAAAACAGAUAACUCAUCUUGGACCAAGUGGAAACGUCAAAUACAAUGAGAUGUGGAAAAGACUGACUUCAAAAUUAAAUGAAAUUGGACCUGCAGUUAAAACCGAAUCGCAAUGGAUUAAAACAUGGACCUCGCUCAGACUUUCUGCAAAAGGAAAAGUUUGUACAUUUUUAAAAUCACACAACAAGACAGGCAAUAAUGCACCUAAAGAAAACGUAACUGAAGAGGAUUUACAAAUAACAAAUAUUUUUGGUAAAUAUGGCACUGGCGUGGCUGUCACUAAAGAAUUGGAAUUCAUGCACAUCAAAAUGGAAAAAAAAUCAGUAAAUGCAGUUGAUGUUUCCAACCAUUUACCGGCUCAAUUCAUUGACAUAAAAACAAACAUCAGACCUACGGUCUCUCAGCUGAACUACCUAAUAGAUUCCAUGGAAGACAGCUACUCUCAAUCAUUCAACAUAGCGAUGACUGAUGCUGAAAGUGUGACCAAAAUCACACCUCAGCUUAACGCUAGAGGCAACGAGGCCAACAAGAAAGAUUCUUUUUCAUGGAUAAGGACAUGGAAUAACCUUCUGGGUAAUGCCAAGAAGAAUAGUAAUCUGAGUCGUGAGGAACAACGCAAUCUCCCUGAAUACCAUAAGAAGGCAAUUGAAUUUUAUAUUAAGUACAAGCUUUCUGAUCCACUUACAAAUAAGGAAAACAACUGCAACGUAGUCAACUCUGCCCCAGUUAAUUGUACCGUACCAUGCACUGAAGCACCCAUCUCAUUGCAACAUCUACAGAAUAAUUUUCAAAAGUCAUGUCCAUCAUCACAGACAGCAGUACCUUCGCAAAAAAUGUACAUGUUCCAACAACAACAGCUGCCAAGAACAUUAGAAUCACCACGUACUCCAGUACACUUGUCCAACAAUUUUCAGCAGUCAUCAUCUCAGUCAGCAUCACACAGAUCAGUACCUUUGCAACAAAUGUAUGCAUUGCAGUCACAGCCAUCUCUCCAACAACUAGAGCUGCCACGAACAUCACCAAAGUCAUUUUCAAGGAAUGACACUUUGUCACGCCAAUGUUAUGUUUCUGAACAGAAACUGCAAGAAAUGCUUAUGAAUCUGUCUGAUGAUGAAGUACUCUCUGAUGAAGAGAUCCAUACAGCUGAUAUGGCAGAUGAAUCUGUUGACUGCAACAUGAAUUUUGCAAAAAAACAGCGAGUAGAAGUCAGUAAGCGUGCACAUGCAGUUGACGAAUUACCUACAUUUGACAAAAUGCACACACAGUUUUUAAGUAAUUUACAGAAUACUGUGAUAAAAACGAUGAAUGAAAAAAUAGAAACAGAUAUUAUAAAUGAUGUUGUAAGGAAUAUCAGAAAAGAAUUUGACGAAAAGUUUAUCAACCUCAAAACUGACAUAAUCAAGAUGAUGGAUGAAAGGAUGAAGGAAAUGCAAAGGGAAAUGAAAAAUUAUGUUGAUGCAGAAACAACUAAAAUUACGACAAAUGUUGCGACUUUAUUUAACGAUUUUGUAAUUCAUCAUUAACUGCCUUCUAUACCUCCGAUAUUUCUUAUUGCGAUGUUUAUUUUCAUAAGAUUUCUACCAUACAGUUUUAUUGUUCUUAUUGAAGUGUUCCAAUUAUUGCGUACAUAGGAAAAAUGAUUUAGAUUUCAUGUUUUUCAAUGGAAAAUUUCAAGCAACGGGACAUCUUUAUUUCGCCUUGAAUAUGGAUACAGUGUAAUAUUUAUUGUCUGAUCUGAUGAAUUAUUGAAAAAAAUACUAUUUUUACAGGAAAAUGGGUGGAAAGAACUUUCGUCGGCCUAAGAAAUAGUUACAGACACAUUAAUCUGAGACUGAUAAGAAGAGAAAUAAUUGUUGACAUGCUCACCGAAAGGAGUAGAACAAUCCUAAGGAAUUUAACAUUCUUACGUUAUUUUGUGCACCACGUGCAAGGUGGAUACAACGUAGCCCUCGAGUAAAAUAUUUGGUAUACGACCAAAGCAGAACAACCAAUUGCACCGUCUAGUCUGGUGGAGUCACUAAUGGCAUAACGGAAGAUUUGAUAACAAAUACCUUAUCUCAACUUUUGGUACUAUACAAGAUAUAAUAGUAUUUAAGGAAAAAGCUUUUAUCAAGUUUUAUCGGUAUUGGACCUAAUGCAAAUCAACAAGCUCAACAGGUCCACAUCAGGAGCAGGACAGUAUGUCGGUACCAGCAGAGUUAUCCUCAAAUGCAGGGACAGUUUCUGCAGCCAGCUCAGUACUGUGGUCAAUAUUAUGGCCAACAGCAGCCUCAGUACAUGAAUAGCAUGCGAAUAAUGACAACACCAGCAGGAGGCACAUGGCAGCCGAGGUCAGGGUGGUACAGCGCAACCAACACCUGCUGCACCUUUGCCACCAGGUUAGCAGACAAUGCUAACUUACACCAUGCCUGCCAAUUUUCACAAGUAGUGCUGAGGAUAUUCUUAAACCCCAUAUUAAAACAUCAUCAUCGAAGAAUUCCUUCGCAUGACUACAAGUACAUAUUAUUAUUAGUAUGUAGGCAAGAUUCUGCAAUGCCUCGCUGUGCGUCACGAGCAGAACUACCUUUAUUUAAAUAUCUAGAAGCUAUAGCGCCAUCAACUGAUACAGAUUUUAGAUUUUAGAAAGUUUUUACAAUGUUCAAAAGAUAUAGGAAAUAAGUUUGAAGCGAGUUGCUCAACAGUAAUUUAGAAAACUUUACUUCAUUUAUAAUUUUAUAUUAAAAAUAAAAAUGUUAAUUUUUGUAUA